AUGUCUACAGAAGCAGAAAUAAAAGAAUUUCUUAAAAAAAAAGACUUUUAUGAGAUUUUAGGAGUUUCUAAGACUGCUACAGAUGAAGAACUUAAAAAAGCUUAUCGUAAAUUAGCUUUACUUUAUCAUCCAGAUAAAAAUAAAAAUCCUAGUGCUAAUGAGGCAUUUAAGAAAGUUGCUUAAGUAUAUAAAUAAUAUUACUUAGGCUUAUGAUUGUCUUUCUAAUCAAGAUAAGAGAAGAACUUAUGAUUAAUAUGGAACUGAAGAACCAGAAUAACAUUAUCAGCAUUAUAGACAAUAAUGGGGAGAAAGUCCGGCUGAAUAAAUAUUUAGAGCUUUCUUUUAAUAAAAUGGAGGUUUUGAUGAAUAUUUUGGAAAUGGAUUUGGUACUGAAUUUGGAAAUGGUAUUGGUGGAUUUUAAUUUUUUCAAACUGGUCCUGGAAUGUUUUAUUAUUAAAAUGGUCCAAGAAGACAUCGUGGUCAUCAUUAAUAACGUAACAGGAGAUAAGAAUAUGAAGAAUAAGAAUUUAUGAAUUAAAGAAGAUAAAUGAAUAGAGGAGUCAAUUGGUUAUAACUUACAUGUUAUAUAAUUUUUAUUUACAUUUUCUUUGGAAGUUCAAUAGCUUAAUUCUUAAAUUAUGUAUUUUCUGAAAAACCUUAUCAUUAAACAAUUAAAGAUAGUACUUAUCGAAAUUUGUUAGAAACAGAUGUAUAUAUUUAUGUAUUGAUAAAUUAGAUUUUGGGAUAAAAGUUCUUUGCAAGAGAUGAAUAUUUAAGGAAGGAUGAAUUGUUUAAAAAGAAUUAUGAAACAGAAAUUGAUAGAGAAUAUUUAGUUGAAUUAGAUAAUUAAUGUAUAAAGUCUAAAAAUGAAAAAUAAAGAUUAUUGCAUGAAGCAAAGAAAUCAUGGUUUGUUAGUACCUAAGAAAAAUACUAUAAUUAAGCUAAUUAAAUUAGUAUGGCUAGUUGUAAUUAAAUAAAUGAAUAUCGAAAAAGUAUUAAAAACUUUUCUCAGAUUUUUAAAAUAUGA